GCAGCCGCAGCAGCAGCCUCCGCCGCCGCCGCAGCAGCAGCAGCCUCCGCCGCCGCCGCCGCCGCCUCCGCCGCUGCCCCAGGAGCGGAACAACGCCGGCGAGCGGGAUGAUGAUGUACCUGCAGAUAUGGUUGCUGAAGAAUCAGGUCCUGGUGCACAAAAUAGUCCAUACCAACUUCGUAGAAAAACUCUUUUGCCAAAAAGAACAGCGUGUCCUACAAAGAGCAGUAUGGAGGGUGCCUCAACUUCAACUACAGAAAACUUUGGUCAUCGUGCAAAACGCGCAAGAGUAUCUGGAAAAUCACAAGAUCUGUCAGCAGCACCUGCUGAACAGUAUCUUCAGGAGAAACUACCAGAUGAAGUGGUUCUAAAAAUCUUCUCUUACUUGCUGGAACAGGAUCUUUGUAGAGCAGCUUGUGUGUGUAAACGCUUCAGUGAGCUCGCUAAUGAUCCAAUUUUAUGGAAACGAUUAUACAUGGAAGUUUUUGAAUAUACUCGCCCUAUGAUGCAUCCUGAACCUGGCAAAUUCUACCAGAUUAAUCCAGAAGAAUAUGAACACCCAAAUCCUUGGAAAGAGAGUUUCCAGCAGUUGUAUAAAGGUGCACAUGUAAAGCCAGGAUUUGCUGAACAUUUCUACAGUAAUCCUGCAAGAUAUAAAGGAAGAGAAAAUAUGUUGUAUUAUGAUACAAUUGAAGAUGCCCUUGGUGGGGUACAAGAAGCUCAUUUUGAUGGACUUAUUUUUGUUCAUUCUGGAAUAUACACUGAUGAGUGGAUAUAUAUUGAAUCUCCAAUCACCAUGAUUGGUGCAGCACCUGGAAAAGUAGCAGACAAAGUUAUAAUUGAAAACACUAGAGAUUCAACCUUCGUCUUUAUGGAAGGUUCUGAGGAUGCUUAUGUUGGAUAUAUGACAAUAAGGUUUAACCCUGAUGACAAAUCUGCUCAACACCAUAAUGCACACCACUGCUUAGAGAUUACGGUAAACUGUAGCCCUAUUAUUGAUCACUGUAUCAUCCGAAGUACAUGUACAGUUGGCUCUGCAGUAUGUGUUAGUGGUCAAGGAGCAUGUCCCACUAUCAAGCACUGUAACAUCAGCGACUGUGAAAAUGUUGGACUUUAUAUAACAGAUCAUGCACAGGGAAUAUAUGAGGAUAAUGAAAUUUCCAAUAAUGCUUUAGCUGGGAUUUGGGUUAAAAAUCAUGGAAACCCAAUUAUUAGACGGAAUCAUAUCCAUCAUGGACGUGAUGUUGGUGUGUUCACAUUUGAUCAUGGCAUGGGUUACUUUGAAAGUUGCAACAUACACAGAAACAGAAUAGCAGGCUUUGAAGUAAAAGCCUAUGCUAACCCCACAGUGGUUCGAUGUGAAAUUCAUCAUGGGCAGACUGGAGGAAUAUAUGUGCAUGAAAAAGGAAGAGGACAAUUCAUAGAGAAUAAAAUCUAUGCAAACAACUUUGCAGGUGUAUGGAUUACCUCAAAUAGUGACCCAACAAUAAGGGGGAAUUCUAUAUUUAAUGGAAAUCAAGGGGGAGUUUACAUCUUUGGUGAUGGACGAGGCCUUAUUGAAGGAAAUGACAUUUAUGGCAAUGCAUUAGCAGGAAUUCAGAUUAGGACAAACAGUUGUCCAAUUGUUCGACAUAACAAAAUUCAUGAUGGCCAGCAUGGUGGGAUUUAUGUGCAUGAGAAAGGACAAGGCGUAAUAGAAGAGAAUGAAGUUUAUAGUAAUACUCUGGCUGGGGUCUGGGUGACAACUGGCAGCACUCCAGUACUGAGAAGAAACAGGAUACAUAGUGGAAAGCAGGUUGGUGUUUAUUUUUAUGACAAUGGACAUGGAGUGCUAGAGGACAAUGAUAUCUAUAAUCAUAUGUAUUCAGGGGUUCAGAUAAGGACUGGAAGCAACCCCAAAAUUAGACGCAACAAAAUCUGGGGAGGACAAAAUGGUGGAAUUCUUGUUUAUAAUUCUGGUCUAGGCUGUAUAGAAGACAAUGAAAUAUUUGACAAUGCCAUGGCUGGAGUCUGGAUUAAGACAGACAGUAAUCCUACACUAAGAAGAAAUAAAAUCCAUGAUGGAAGAGAUGGUGGCAUCUGUAUAUUUAAUGGGGGUCGAGGUCUCCUUGAAGAAAAUGAUAUUUUCAGGAAUGCUCAAGCAGGUGUUCUCAUCAGCACUAAUAGUCAUCCAGUCUUAAGGAAAAACAGAAUAUUUGAUGGAUUUGCUGCAGGUAUUGAAAUUACAAAUCAUGCAACUGCAACACUAGAAGGCAAUCAGAUUUUUAACAACCGGUUUGGAGGCUUAUUUUUAGCAUCUGGUGUUAAUGUGACAAUGAAAGAUAACAAAAUAAUGAACAAUCAAGAUGCCAUAGAAAAGGCUGUUAGUAGAGGCCAAUGUUUAUAUAAAAUAUCAAGUUACACCAGCUAUCCCAUGCAUGAUUUCUACAGAUGUCACACUUGUAACACCACAGAUCGAAAUGCCAUAUGUGUGAACUGCAUUAAGAAGUGCCAUCAGGGACAUGAUGUAGAAUUUAUUAGACAUGAUAGGUUUUUCUGUGACUGUGGUGCUGGAACACUGUCUAAUCCUUGUACAUUAGCUGGUGAGCCUACACACGAUACAGAUACACUAUAUGACUCUGCUCCACCUAUAGAAUCUAAUACAUUGCAGCACAACUGAAUUCCUUCCCUAAAGAAAAAGUCCUGCCAUUCUAACAUCAUAACUUAAAACAUUUUUUUUGGAAGAAGAUUUAAAAUAUUUGCCCAUGCUACAGGAAGAGACUGUAUUAAAAAUGGAUACACGAGGUCAGUUGACACUAUGAAGCUCAAGCUACCAAAAAGAAAGUGGCAAUAUAUUGACUCAGGAUCUCAAAGCUGGGUGUUUUAGCAUUACUGUGUAAAGACUUUUGAAGGGACAGAAGUGAAGAAAUAAGCUGCAAUUUUGUACAGAUACCAACUUCUGAAAAAAAGCUGGUGUUUUUACAACUAGCAUUGAAUGCAGUCCAAUUUGCAGUAGUACUCUUCAAUAGACAAGCAGCUUUGUUGCUGCCUUUAUGGACAUGGGUACCAAUUGCUUUUGUAAUAUGGUAAAAAUGUGAGCUAGCACUUCUGCGUUUCUUUUGAUU